AUGAGUUUGUCCUCUCCACUCAAACGCGCUGUCACAGAAGCUAAAUGUUUACGUAAUGCCAAGUAUGAGUCACAGUUACUACAAGAUAGCAAUGAAUCAGAAUUGGACACUGCUGAAGAUCUGAGAAGGCAACUCUGUCAAGCUAAAAAAGAAAAAUUAGAUUUAACCAUUAAACACAACCAAGAACUGUCCAACUGUGAAAGCCAGAUAGUCAAAUUGCGGUCAGAAAUUGAGAAAGGAGAGGCUGUCCGACAAAGUCUGGAGUAUGAAUUGGCAAUUGCCAGAAAAGAUGCUCGUAUGAAAACAUAUGCUGCAGAAGAGGAGUUAAGUGAUGCAAAAAACAAACUUGUGGAACUGCAAGUAUUGAAUGAGAAACUUCAGCAGAAAGUGGCAGAGACUGAGACAGCAUUUCAUACUGCUCAGCAGAAGUGGAAAGAGCAACAGAAAAGACUCGUAAGUGAGAAGGAUGAUAUCCGCAGAACUUGCAGCAGUGAAUAUGAACUGCUUCUUAAGGAAAGAACCAAACUAGAAAGUGUUUUGCAGGAGCAGAGUAAUGCACUGCAAAAUAUACGCAAGAAAAUGAAAGAUAUGGAGGUGGAACACAAUGGCUAUAGUGACCUGGUGAGGCGCCAGGCCAAUGAGCUUCAAUACAGUGCUGAACGAGAGGAACAAUUUAAGAAAGAACUUGAAGCAGCUGCAGUGAGAAUAAGGAAACUGGAAGAAAACAUUGAAGCAGAGAGAGCAGCACAUUUGGAAUCCAAACUCAAUUCAGACACCAUCCAGUUAAGAAUUCGAGACCUUGAAGGAGCUUUGCAGGUGGAAAAAGCCAGCCAAGUGCAAGCUCUUUCGGAUUUAGAAAUGAUCAAGAAAGAGUUCAAAGAGGUAGAAAGUGCAUAUGAGAGAGAAAAACAUAAUGCCCGAGAGAACUUGGAAAAACUCAAUGUAUUAGAAAGAGAAUGUUUCUCCACAAAAAAGCAAAUGAAUGAGAAGAUCGAGGAAAAGAAGAAGGUAAUUAAAGACCUCUCUGAGAGGCUCGGGAAAAAUGAAAAGACCUGCAGAGAAUUACAGGAGGAACUUGCAAUGGCCAAGAAACACCAGGUCUUUCUAACAGAGACGUAUGAAAACAACAUGAGAGAGCUGGAGUUACUCUUGGACAGCUUUGCUAUGUCAGGCCAGCGGACAGCAGGCACUUGUAAGGACAAAGAGAAACCUCCAAGCCUCUCUGUCCUUGAGACUUUGAGGUGUACCUUGACAGCUUACCAGAACAAGCUGGAAGAUAUGUCUAAUGAGCUUGGGAAAAUGAAGGCUUUGUGUGAAAAGAUGACAAAAGAACUUGAGAUAUCCAAAGAGAAAAUGAGUGCUUUAAGUGAAGACCUUAAGGAAGCUCAAGAUAACGUGGCUGAUGCCAAUAAAGAGUUAAAUCAUCUACACACUAAGUGUGCAGACAAAGAGAGUUCAAUAGGAACUUUAAAAAUGGAACUACAGAAUGUACGACAAUGCUGGGAGAAGGAGAAAGUACGUGCCACAGAAUCUGAAAAUGAAAUCCAGAAGCUUACCAGGGCUUACCAGAAGGAUAUGGAGGAGAAGCUAACCUUCCUCCAUAGCUUAUACCAACGUUUGGUAGCAGGCUAUGUGCUGAUAAAACAACCAGAAGGCAUCCUAGAUAGAUUCUCUUGGUCUGAGCUUUGUGCAGUCUUGCAGGAGAAUGUUGAUGCCCUGAUCUUAGACCUCAACAGGGCUAAUGAGAAGAUAUCUCAUCUAAAAUAUAUUUGUAAGAACAAGUCCGAUAAUCUGAAGGAGCUUCAGCAGAACCAGGAAGAUGCUUUUAGCAAAAUGGCUGAACAGAUGAAAGCCCAGGAAAGCUGUUGGCAGAAACAAAAAAAGUAUCUGGAACAGCAGUACUCGGGUCUCCUUGGGGAAGUUCAUGCAAGGGCACAGGAAUACCAAGAAACAGCAGAGAAAAACAAGGAAAAAAUUUAUGUCCUUGAAAAAAGACAGGAGAAAUUGGCCCUUGAAAAUAUUUCUGUGAAAAAUACGUUAACACAGGUUCAGAAGGAGCAUUCAUCUCUUCUGGCAGGCUGUGCACUACUGGCCGGUGCCCUGUAUCCUCUCUGUCGCCGACUGUGUGAUAUGUCUUCCCAAAGAGAUCUUCUCCAGGAUCAGGUCAACAUUUAUGAAUUAGUGAACCAGGAGAUUAGGACCCUAGUUCAUGCUCUCUCUGAUGUAGAGGAAAACAAUCAAGAUGAAGCAAGCCUGAAGAAAAGAAAAUUCAAAGGCCUGAUUCGUGUAUUCCGAAGAGGCGUGAUUGCAGUUUUGGCAGCUAACAGACUUAAAGUUUUAGCCCAGUCUUCUAAUUCCCUCUUCUCCUGGGUAAAUGGCUUCAAAGAAGGCAUUGGAAUUCUGGUUUGUAUAGGAGAUUCCAAAGGCAAGCAUAAUCUGUCAAGUCAUGAAGAGGAACAAAUUCACUGUGUUGAAGCACUCAGGUGGUUUACUAGUUCUAACCUCCUUGCUGCAAUAAUCAGUUCUGUCACUGAAUUACAGGAUGUUGUUAACAGAAGAGAUCGAAAGCCCUGGCUUUCUGGACGCUUACUUGUAAGUGCAGCCAGGAACUCCUUUUCAAAACUUAUGGACAAGCUGAAUGUAAUAAUGGAGACUGUUCCACUAGACAGCAGCAGGAGCAUUACUUACCUGGAGAGAGACUCCUUGGUGCAGAGGCUGGCUCAUGGACUUAGUAAAAUAAAUACCCAGGACCUGGAAGCUGGAUUAUGUGACAGACUACCCAUUAUGAAAAGCAUAGCAUCAUUGCAGAAGCAAAUAUUUGAAUUUACACAAAGACUUCAUACGGCAGAGGUGGAACGCCGCUCGCUGCGCCUAAAACUGGCAGAAUUCAAAUGGAAUUUCAAUGAGAUGAAUAAAGAAGCUGACAAAGCCCAGAGCCUGCAAGAGCUGUUUAAGCAAUCUAAAUUGAUCACCCGUGAGAGGUUUGAAAGUGCAUGUGAAGAAUUAAAUAAUGCAUUACAUUGGGAGCAUCAGGCACAAGUGCUUUUGAAUGAACAGGCACAACAGCUACAGGAGUUAAAUAAUAAACUGGAAUUGCACUCCAGUGAAGAAGCAGAUAAAAACCAAGUCUUGAGUGAAACUGUAAAGAGACUCUCCGAGGCAAAGAUGGAGCUGAGAAGAAAAGAUCAAUCUCUGCAUCAGUGCAAUAGACUUCUUACCCAGCUGGAGCAGGACAGGCGUCGACUGAAAGAGAGCAUCCGUGAUGCAGAGAGUGCCCUCUGCAUGGCAGCGAAAGACAAAGAAUUGAUUAUUAGUCAUAUGAAAUCUGUGGAAGACACUCUUCAUAAGGUCAGAGAUCAGACCUUGCUGUCAUGGACUGCGGCAACCAGGAAUGACUUCACCCUGCAGCUACCCAAACUGCACCUAGAGACCUUUGCAGUGGAAGGGCUGAAGGGCAGGCCAGAGGUUGUAGCGUUUCAGGCCAUGAUUAAAAGUUUUAUGGAUGUCUACCAACUUGCAAGUUCCAGAAUUGACAUGUUAGUGAGAGAAACAGCAUCUCAUCAGCUUCACGCUGCAGCCCUAAAGUCUAAGCUCCGAACAGCUUGUCUUCAUGAAAGUGAGAGCUGA